GCCCCACCUAUAUGUUUUUGCUUUGGGUUGGGUGUGUUUCAUUUGUUUACGCUCCGUUUUGUAUGAUAAAAGUGCAGAUAUUUUCUUCAAUUGUGUUCCCAUUGCAACAUCGAAAGUCUAAUCCAGAAAUAUGCGUGAUCUAAACAAACAGCAGUCACAGGACACUACAGAUGGGGGCGUCGAGAAGGGCGAUUAUCCGCGUGCCACAAAUGGCGUUGUCUUCGGGGCCAUUCUCACCUUUGGCAGCUCCUUCGUGCUGAUGAUGUCCUUCUGCUCGCCGUACUGGAUCGAGUCGUAUGAGGAGACCCGCAGCAGCUUCAAGAACAUGGGCCUCUGGCAGUACUGCUUCAAGGAUUUUGUCUACCCGAAGUACGCGUUCCCCAAGCAGUUUACGGGAUGCCACAAUAUAUUCUCGCAUGAGUACUAUGUGAUUCGUGAGUAUCUGCUUCCUGGCUGGCUGAUGGCCGUGCAGGGCUUCGUCACCAUGUCCUUUAUUAUUGUGUUCGUGGUGCUGACCCUGCUCGCGCUGACGAUCAUCCGACUGCCUCUUAAGCCCGUCCUCCAGUACGAGUGGCUGCUUGUUCGCCUCUCCUACAUGGGCACCGCCAUCUCGUCCCUGUUCAUGUUCCUGGCCGUGUGCAUCUUCGGGGGCUGCGCCUAUCGCCGCGACUGGCUGAUGUAUCCCAGAUUCAAUGUGCUGGGCUGGUCCUAUGCCAUGGCCGUUGUGACCUUCAUGCUGCUGGGCCUGGCCGCCCUCAUACUGCACCGCGAGGCACGCCAGGCGUUCGAGGCACGCGGCGAACAAAAGAAUCUGGUCAUGCAAAUGGAGAUGCAGGAGCCGGGCUACCAGCCGCCACGCCACCACCACAGCCAGUCACGCAGUCUGCAGGGCUACAUAUAGAUGCGCGAGUUCUGGAAACUCCCCAAUGAAACUUCAAUGCAUUCCAUUCCAUGCGAAUCUUU